AUGGCAUCUAUCGCGCCCAGUACAAGGUUCAUAUCCAGCGCCGAACCAUACAGAAUGAACGGAGACACGAAUGAGUAUGAUAUAGAGAUGUUCGACGACGAAGCAAGCAAUACAGAGUCUGGACCCUCUGUCGCUUCUUCAGGCGCUCUGGAUGGACAUAAUGACACCACGGUUACCCCCAACAGCGAGCCUGCGAUGGAGCAACAUCUACCUCCCAUCGCUAUCGUUGGCAUAGGACUCAGACUUCCCGGCAACGUAUCCACGACGGAAGAGUUUUGGGAUCUUUUAGUCAACAAGAGAAGCACAAGAUGCCGGGUACCUGAGAGCCGCUUCAACGUCGAUGCCUUCUAUAGCGACUCGGGGAAGCCCGGCACCGUGAACAGCAAGUACGGACAUUACCUCGACAUUGAUAUCGAUCGAAUGGAUGCCUCAUUCUUCUCCAUGAGUAAGGCCGAAGUGGAGAAGCUCGAUCCUCAACAGAGACUACUUCUGGAGGUCGUCUGGGAAUGUAUGGAGAAUGGCGGCCAGAAAAACUGGCGGGGCGGUAACAUAGGCUGCUAUGUUGGCGUCUACGGCGACGACUGGCUGGACCUUUCUGCGAAAGAUCCUCAGCGUCUAGGAAUGUACCGAAUAACCAGUUCUGCAGAGUUUGGCGUUGCAAACCGGUUAUCGUAUGAAUUUGACCUCAAGGGGCCUAGUAUGACAAUCCGCACGGCAUGCUCUUCUUCUUUGGUAGGCCUGCACGAGGCUUGCCAAGCAAUCUACUCGGGAUCAUGUGAUUCCGCUGUGGUAGCCGGCGCAAAUGUCAUCGUGUCUCCAACCCUCGCCGUCACAUUGACCGAGCAGGGCGUCAUCUCGCCCUCCGGCGUUUGCCAGUCUUUUGACAAGAAGGCCGACGGCUACGUCAGAGCCGAGGCGGUCAACGCCGUGUAUGUUAAAAAACUGAGCGAUGCCUUGCGGGACGGCGACCCUAUCCGCGGCGUCAUCCGGGCAACCGGCUCCAACUUUGACGGAAAGACUAGUGGUAUCACGAACCCUAGCAAAGAAAGCCAAGAGAAUCUCAUUCGACGGACGUACCGCGCGGCCAAUAUUUCUAAUCCUGGAAAUACGGGCUUCGUGGAAUGCCAUGGAACCGGCACGGCGGUGGGCGAUCCUUUGGAGACGUCCGCUGUCGGGAAAGUCUUUGGCGGGCAGGGAGAAGUUCUGAUUACGUCGGUCAAGCCAAAUGUUGGUCACUCUGAAGGCGCAUCCGGUCUCACUAGUUUGAUCAAGGCUGUGCUGGCGCUGGAGAAGGAGGUCGUUCCGCCAAAUAUCAACUUUUCCGAUCCGAAUCCAAAGAUUGGGUGGCAAGAAUUUGGCCUUCGAGUGCCGACGGAGGCCCUUCCGUGGCCAGAAAAUCGUGCAGCCCGCGUAUCUGUGAAUAACUUUGGGAUUGGUGGCGCAAAUGCACACGUUAUUAUAGAUUCGCCAAAGCCGUUCCAGAAGAAUAUAUCGAAGGUCGAGGCAUAUGGACAACAUCUGCUCCUUUUCUCCGCGCAUGACCCUGGUUCUUUAAACAACAUGGUCUCUCAAGUGAAAGAGUACGCCAGCAAGCAUCAAGACCGCCUUGCAGAUAUUUCUUUUACACUGGGAGUCCGGCGAGAACAGCUUGCCCACCGAACAUUCGCAAUUGCUGAUAGGACUGGUCUAUUCCAAGCUUCCCCAGUCGUACAAUGUACCGACAAGUCGCCCAGACGCGUCAACUUCGUUUUCACCGGUCAGGGAGCUCAAUGGGCCAGCAUGGCCGUCGAGUUGUUGGAUGAGUUUCCCUCCUUCCUUUCCGAUAUCAGACACAUGGACAGGACACUAAAAGCAUUACAUCAUGCACCGAUUUGGUCAAUGGAAGAGGAAUUAUUGCGACCUUUGAAGCAAAGCAGAAUCGACCAGCCCGAAUUUGCGCAGCCUAUCUGCACUGCUGUACAAAUUGGAAUCAUUCGUCUUCUUCGGUCCUGGAACGUCCUGCCAGCAGCCGUCGUAGGCCAUUCGAGCGGCGAGAUAGCCGCGGCAUUUGCAGCUGGCUUGCUGACUCUUGAAGCAUCCAUCGCCGUCGCGUACUACCGUGGACAGGUUACAAGACAGCAGCUUCGUUCCGGAGCCAUGGCUGCAGUCGGUCUUGGCCCUUCGGAUGUAAAGCAAUACCUGGAAGCCGGUGUUGUCGUCGCUUGUGAAAACAGUGCCACCAGCACGACAAUAAGUGGCGACUCAGAUGCUUUAGACUCGGUUCUUGAAAAGAUCAAGGUUGAAAGGCCUGAAUGCUUCGUUCGUAAGCUUAAAGUCGACAAGGCGUACCAUUCCCAUCACAUGCAGGAAGUUGGCGAUUUAUACCAGAAACUCCUUCAUGACUUUAUCCCGGGAUCCAUGUUCCCCGACGACGAAGAGGAUGGGGAGAAAGAAACCUCCGUUGUCUUGUUCUCAAGUGUCACUGGCAAGCAAGCGACAAGGGCUCAGAUGGGCCCGGCAUAUUGGAGGAUGAACCUCGAAUCCCCGGUAGUAUUCUCUUCUGCAGUGCAGGCAAUGCUAGCUUCUACCACAGAGGAAUCCUUGUGCCUCGAGAUCGGCCCUCACUCCGCAUUAUCGGCCCCCCUCCGAGAUAUCAUCAAGUCCGCCAACCUACAGAACUCGGUUGCCUACGUACCCACACUGCUCCGUAACCAGAACAGCACGCAAUCACUGCUUUCAUGCCUUGGACAGCUCUUUCAGCACUCGGUUAAUAUCGACAUACCCACAAAGUCCGACUAUAGGGUGCUGACCGAUCUUCCCAACUACUCCUGGCGACGUGAAGAGGCGUAUUGGAACGAAAGCCGUGUAUCCCGAGAAUGGCGUCUGCGCAAGUUUCCUCCACAUGAGCUGCUCGGCAUUCGAACCCUCGAGGCCUCUGACACGAGGCCAACAUGGAGGAAUAUCCUGAAACUUAACGAUGUCCCUUGGCUGCCAGACCAUAGGAUUAAAGAUGAUAUAGUACUUCCUGCUGCUGCUUAUCUAGCUAUGGCGGGCGAAGCUGUUCGUCAAGUUGCGGACGGUCCCGUGGUCGAUUUCUAUCUGCGACAAGUCAACAUUAAAGCCGCGCUUGUGCUACGCGAAGCAGAAGGUGCGGAGCUAAUGACAUACUUGGCACCAAUGCGCCUCGUGUCGAGUUUGGAUUCCUCCUGGUACGAGUUCUCAAUUGUCUCGCACAACGGCAGCGGCUGGGUUGAACACUGCAACGGUCAAGUGAGAGCCGGCAAAGGAGUCCCUAUUCCCUGCCAUGAGAAGGAUUUUGCCAAGUACCCCAGGAUUUCGUCGGCUACAGCAUUGUAUAAGAGCAUGAGACGUGUUGGCCUCAACUACGGCCCUCGGUUCCAGGGAAUGGAGGACAUAUCUGCGGAGCCGGGAUCUGGCCGUGUUUCGGCGAGCAUUUCCGACCAUCACGAUUCAAACGAAAGUAGCUACCAGCUGCAUCCUUCAACAAUUGAUUUCUGCCUACAGUUACAGAUUGUUGCUGCAGCAGAGGGACUCCCGUACCGUAUCAACAAUAUUUGCAUGCCAACCUACAUUGAAGAGAUGUAUGUUGGACAGGCUUCAUCAGAGAUGCGUGUCGCAGGUCAGGCCAAUUCCUCCUCCAGGGGAACCAUACGCGGUUCAGCAACAGCCACUUCAGAUGACUUAUUGGCGUUGUCGAUCACAAACGCGCGCUUUAGCGUCCUUGAUGAUAGCGGUGUGGGCCAAGACAAGGAUACGGUGGCCGCGGCUCAGCUGCAGUGGAAGCCUGAUGUAGACUUUGUCUCUCUAAGCGAUCUCAUCCGUCCCCGCAAGUGUCUUCGGGAAGUACUGUCAAAGCUUGAGAGGCUCACUCUACUGUCCAUGGUUAAGACUCUUCAGCUCGUCGAAGGUAUCCAGAUCACCGGCCAUCUUUACAGGUUCCGCUAUUGGCUGGCAUCCCAGCGCACAAGAGCCGCCCAAGGCGAGUAUCGUCAUGUCGAUGACGCCGAGGCAUUGGCCUGCCUUACUGAGCCGCAACUUUCAGCCGAGAUUGAGUCCGCAACGGAAGACGUACGUAAAACUGGAGGUUUUGAGGUAGCGGAACUGAUCCUAAGAGCCAUGUCGAACGCCCCAAAUAUUUUCAACGGCAAGGUCAAACCGAUCGAGGUUCUGAUGGCGAAUGACGGCCUUGGGAAUAUUUACAGGUUCAUUCAAUCCCUCUGCGAUGGCACGCCUUUAUAUGAACUCUUGAGCCAUGCAAACCCAGCUAUGAAAGUACUGGAGAUUGGCGCAGGGACCGGUGGUACAACGGCAGAGAUCCUCCGCGGCUUCACCAGUGAUACCGGGGAGCGUAUGUAUGCGCAAUACGAUUUUACGGAUAUCUCGACUGGCUUUUUCGCCGCGGCGCAAGAAAGAUUCAAGGAGCAUGACGGCAUUGAAUGCAAGGUGCUGGACAUUAGCAAAGACCCAAUUGCGCAGGGCUUCGAGGCCGAAUCUUAUGACUUUAUCGUUGCAUCUAAUGUUCUUCAUGCCACACCAAGUAUUCAAGCAACACUGCGAAACGUGCGGAAGCUGAUUAAGCCGGGUGGUAAACUGUUUCUCCAAGAGUUGAGUCCAGAAUGGCGUAUGAUCAAUUAUAUCAUGGGGUUUCUUUCUGGCUGGUGGCUUGGAGUAUCAGACGAGCGACUCGAUGAACCGUACAUCUCCCCGACCCGAUGGGACUCGGAAUUGAGAGAAGCUGGUUUUUCGGGUACAGAUGCCGUGGUUUACGACGAUGAGACUCCUUACCAAAUCAACGCCAACAUCAUCUCCUCGACGGUUAUUUCGAACAUCUCGCCCGGUGAAGUUAGCAUUCUUGUGGAGUCUUCCAAUGGCCCGGCUAGCCUCCUACAAGAUGCUCUGACCAAAAGAGGCUACAAUGUGUCCCUGUCGUCUCUCGACGAGCUUCCCGACGAUGACGUGGAUGUCAUCUCGCUGCUGGAUCUGGAGUCGCCCUACUUCCAUGACAUCUCAGAUGAGAGGCUGAAGAAGCUACAGACUUACUUGGCUACGUUGCCUCCGGACACUAGCGUUUUAUGGGUAACCGGGCACUCCCAAGUGGGAUGUGAUGAUCCGCGGUACGCUGCCAGUAUCGGAGCAAUCCGUACUAUUCGGUCGGAACUUUCUUUGGACGUGGCGACAUUGGAGUUGGACGUCCGAGAGGACCUUGACGUUGGAAAGGUUGCCGAUGUUUUCCACAAAAUACGGCGCCAGUCGUCUGUUUCGAGCUUGGAUCCCGACCGAGAGUUUGCAGUGCUCGGAGACAAAAUCAUUAUCCCACGUUACAACUGGAUAAACGUACGAGAACAGAGCGCCGACAGUAAGAAAGAAUGGGUACGAAAGCUAGAGACUGGUCGUGUCGGACAAAUUCGGAGUCUGAGAUGGGUUACCAAGUGCCCCGAGGCUUUGGCGGAUCACGAGAUUGAAAUCGAGCCGCGAGCAGUUGGGUUGAACCUCAAGGACAUUUUGUUGUCCACAGGGGCAAUCGAGGCGACCACGUCUGACCUUGGUCAGGAAUGCGCCGGCAUCGUGCGUAAGAUCGGGUCCGCUGUUGACGAUGUCAAAAUUGGCGACCGUGUCAUGGCACUUCAUCACGGUAGUUUUGCAUCUCGGGUUGUUUGUUCGAUGAACGAGGUUGUCGCCGUGCCCGAGACGCUCUCCUUCGAAGAGGCUGCAACUGUGCCUUAUGUUUACUCAACGGCGAUAUACUCGUUGAUCACUGUCGGAGGCUUGGAAAGAGAUCAGUCUGUCUUGAUUCACUCAGCAUGUGGCGGCGUCGGAAUUGCAGCCAUGCACAUAAGCAAAUUGAUCGGUGCCAAGAUAUUUGCCACGGUCGGAAGUCCCGAGAAGGCCCAGUUUCUAGUCAAGAACUUUGGCAUACCCCAGAGUCACAUCUUCAGCUCCAGAGACUCGUCCUUUUACUCGGGCAUCAUGGCUGCAACUAAUGGCUCAGGUGUUGAUUUGGUUUUGAACUCCCUAGCAGGGGAGCUCCUCCACCUGUCGUGGAAGUGUGUUGCAAAGUUUGGCAAAUUGCUGGAGCUGGGCAAGCAAGACUUUGCAGGCCAUGGCCAACUCGGAAUGGACAACUUCGAGGCGAACCGGACAUUUUGUGGCAUUGAUAUAUCGCAGUUGGCUCUCGAGAGACCAAAGGUUCUCAAGAAGCUACUUGAACGUUGCACGAGCCUCCUCGACAGCGGCAGGAUAAAGCCCAUCAACCCAGUCACCGCGUUUAAAGCCACAGAUAUAAUCGAGAGUUUUAAAUAUCUACAGGCGGGAAGUCACAUCGGAAAGGUGGCCGUCUCAAUGCCCGAUAAAUUCAGCGAACUUCCCGUAGCGCCCGUCACAUCCAAGGCUCAGUUCAAACCUGAUGCUUCGUAUCUCCUGGUCGGCGGUCUUGGUGGACUGGGUCGCACCAUUUCAACGUGGAUGGUGGAUAACGGCGCUCGCCAUAUCAUCUAUCUCUCCAGGUCGGCGGGACAGUCGAAUCGAGACAAGACAUUUAUUCACGAGCUGGAAUCACAAGGUUGCGCAGUGCAGUGCGUUGCAGGAAGAGUCGAAGACCCCGAGGCUGUGACGAGGGCGGUCAACAACGCAGCUAAGCCAAUAUCUGGAGUGCUCCAUAUGUCUCUAGUGCUAAGGGAUCGCAAUAUUCUAAACUACUCUCACGAGGACUGGCACGCGGCGGUCAAGCCAAAAGUAGACGGCGCAUGGAAUCUGCACCAUGCGCUCGCCAACACGAAGCUGGACUUCUUCGUCCUAUUCAGCUCGAUCUCAUACGUCGUCGGACAGUCAGGUCAAGCAAACUAUGCUGCCGCGAACGGGUUCCUCGCUGCGUUCGCCCAGUACCGCCACGCGCAGGGCCUGCCGGCGUCUGUCAUGGACAUCGGGAUGGUGGAGGACGCCGGAUAUCUUUCCGAGAACGCUGCCAUUCUCGAACAGUUCAAGGCACUUAACUACCACACACUGAGGGAAGCUGAUCUUCUGCAAGCUCUGACAUACUCUAUAAGCCGCCAGGGACUACAACCACUAUCGACUUCAAACGGAAACUGGGUGAACUCUGCUGAGAUCGCUGUAGGUCUGGGUAGCACCAAAGCCUUCCAAGACCCCAGCAACCGCAUCCCAUGGAGGAGGGACGCUCGAAUGGGUGUGGCCCACGUCAAAGGCUCGGCGAGGGCGGCGCAGGCAGAGCCAGAAAGCCAAGGCCUGGCACAGUUUCUAGGCAAGCUCGCUGCCGACCCAUCUGCAUUAGAUGCGACGGAGAGUCGAGAUUUCUUGACGGCCCGGAUCGGCGACACUAUUUAUGGGAUGAUGAUGAAGAACAAGGAUGAAGUCAACGUGAACUUGCCCUUGGCUGCCCUUGGCGUCGAUUCACUUGUCGCCAUUGAGAUACGAGACUGGUGGCAGCGCACCUUUGGUCUACAUGUCAACGUGCUGGAAAUCAUGGGCGCGAGUGGAAUUCGAAUGCUGGGACACAUGGCGGUGGACGGCCUGAAAAGGGUUCGGCUGCAGCGUGAUGGGUCAGGACGUAGCUAA